GUGGGGCAUAAUUUUUCUGAAACGAAUUGAUGUAUAUCUCUAGCCAAUUUAUUGCUGCAAGUUUAGCACAAUGAAAUUUACAGUAGUUGUUUUAAUUCUUCUGGUAUCACCUGUUUUUACUGAAGAAAAGAAUGAUGAUGAUGAUAUUGAUCCUUUUGAUAUGCUAAAUUUUGAUCAUGCGUCAAUGUCUAUGGAAAACAAAAAAGUGAAAAAGGAUAAUCUUUUAGAUAAGAAAAAGGUGAAAGAGUCGGCCAUUAACAAAAAAGAGAAAAGAGAGAAAGAAAUUCCUUUACCAGAGAAAACAGAAAUUAAGAUUGAAAUACCAAUGGAAUCUUUAUCUAAAGAAAAACCAUCUUCGGAAAAUCAACCUGUGUUUGAUCUCAGAAAAUGUCCUAUUAAGAAAUCACCAGCUUCGCCACUAUUUCGUCAGUUUGUUAAAACCUUUUUAAAUCACAUAUCAAAAAAGGUACUUUACAGUGGUGAAUAUGAUAUGAGGUUACAGUUAACUGUUGAAGAUAUUGAAAUAUUGAAGAGAUAUGGUGAAAGUGAAACUGAAGUUGAUAUCUACACAGCUCACACUAUUCUGACUGGCAUGAUGUAUAACUUUCGAGAAGUUUCAACGGGGGACAAAUCAGGCCAUCGAUUGUGGAUUGAAGAACAACUUGGAUUUUCUCUAGAAAAACUUGUCCAAAUCAUGAUAGUGGUUGUUUUAAUGGCUGGAAUUUGUGCUUUAUUUAUCUACCUUAAGUUUAGUGUCAAACAACUCUUUAUAAUUGUCUUUGUCUUUCUAUUCUUCACAAGUUGGCUACUUACAUGGUACACAUUGUGUAAGAAAGAGAUGUCAAAACAACAUUAUAUCAUCAGUAAAGAAAUGCCUGAAUAUUGUAAAAGUCGUGAAAAUCAAGAUGCUGGUUUUCUUUCUGUUACAUUUUCCUGGUUUGCCUCACCUUUUCGAUAUGAAAAAGAUGAAUGUUUGGAAUAUUUUGAACAUUUGGUCAUUAAUCCAUACAUUAAAGUGUCACCAGUUGAAGCUCUGGCUGUGACACUGACAAGAUUUACUGUAGCACCAUUAUCCCAUAUUGCUGAGGAGUUAAGUAAAGCCUUACGGAUGUUUUUAAAGGAUUUGCCAGUGCAUAUUGCACCUAUAGCUAUGAUUGGUUUAUCUGUAUUUGGAUUUCUGUUUCUAUUCAUGUGUUUUGGUUAUAGAGUAUCUUCAUUCCUGUUUACUAUUGGACCUGGGGAACAGAACAUAGAUGGACAGCUUCAGGCAUUGAAGGAAGAAAUUGAGAAAGGAAGAGAGGAAACCAAAGCAUUGAUUUUAAAUCAGCAGAAAAUACCCAAAGACUUGCAAAAGUAUUUAAAUAAGACAUCACAAGAUCCUGUAAUCGGUCAUGUUCCUGAACAAUUAACAUUGCCAAACCAUGGAGAUGCCUCUUCUAACACCUGUUCUGGAGCAAAAUCUACAUUUUCAAAGUUAGAGGUUAUACCCAGUAUAGACUGUAAUUCAGAGACUGGUGUUGCCAAUUCUAUAACUGAGAAGGAUCCAAGUAAAACAGACCCUCUUAAUAAAAAUAAAGUAUCUGCUAUGGCUUCCUCAAAUGAAAAUGGAGUAGUAUCAAAUGUGAAUGAGAAUAGAGUAGUUGCUGCUGGGAAUGAGAGCAGAAAAGGGCCUGAUAAGAAUGAAAAUGUAAAAGGGCCUAAUAUGAAUGAAAAAGUAUCUGUUAGGACUGAGACAGGAGUUAUAUCUUCUAGAAAUGUGAAUGGAGAAGGGUCUGCUAAGAAUGAGAAUAUAGAAGAACCUGGUUUUAUUGAGAUUGGAGCCGUGUCUGAUAAGAAUGAGAGUGGAAAGCCUCGUCCUGUGCAGUGUACUGAUAAUCAAGUGAAUGGGGGAAUAGAAGAGAUAAAUCUGAAGAAAUCUUGAGUAUCUGUGUUAAAAAAAAACAAACAAUGAUUCUGAAAGAUAAUCUUGUUAAUAAUGGACAACUGAAAGCCACACUUCCACAGUCCCUCCAUUCUUACAAUAUUGACAUGGAAUUAUAUUGUUGGCAUGGAAAGAUAAUAUGUAUAUAAUAUUAUGUCUGUGAUAAAUUGAUGAUAAAGGGACAUAGUCAUUGAAAUAUACUGUUACCAGCUGAUAAAGCUCAAUUAAGCUAUUGGCAGCAAAUCUUGUCAAGUCAUUGAUCAUAAUUUACAUUUUAACAUGUACAUUUUUAUUUGAAAAAAGUGAUGCUGAGUUUUAUCAGUUGGUAAAGCAAAUUUUUAGAUGCUUUUUUCCUUUCAACUUCUUAUAUUGCAAAUUGCAAAAUAAUAGUGCUCUAAGUGAUAUAUUACAUGUAUGUGGUAUCAUAUAACAAACUAUUUUCAUAUAAUUUAUAUUAUUAUCUUAAAGAUAUAUUUAUCACAAUCAUUUAAAUGUAAAUUAUUGAAGUAUAAAAGUUUGUCUACUUAUCAUAACUUUAAAUGUUUUGUAAGUAUUUAGUUUUCAACCUUAACUGUUCGGUUAAAAAAUGAACUUAAGUGUGAUUUGCCAUACCAGGAAUACUACAUAAGGUACUUUGACAAUUGUAUAUCAUUAAUGACUCUUAACUGCUAACUAUUCACCUAUAGGCUUUUGCUAUUUCAGCUCAGACACCACCAACCACAAUUUUACAGGGAAAGGUUUACCAUUCUUGGGCGUUGAUUUCAGUCUCGAAUAUAUACAAAUAGUUUGCAGAAGUACUGGAAAUGGCGCUAGCACUUGUUAUUUCCACAUAUUAUGUCUUUUGUCUAACGCAAGGAUUUGAAUGUUCAAAUUUGACAGUAAGCUGUGAUUGGUCAAACAGAUGGCAAACCUGUCCCUUUAAGGGGUGCCUUCGAGAAGCUGAAAGCAUGCAGCGCUAGUUGCUUAAAUUUUUAGCUCAAGGUAUUAUUUAUUCCGACUUAAGCAAAAGGUAUGAAAAAGAUGGGUUCCCUUAAUUUCAUUUAUGAAAAUAAUAAUACUUAUAUGAAUGGAAUGUAGAGGUGUUCUAAUGACUUGAAAAAUACCAGUUUGUCUCACAUGUCUAUAAUCAAUUCAUAAUUAGCUAAAUUAGAAGAGAAUUAACAGCAGAAUUCCAAUGAGUGACCGAUCAAGAAAGGUCAAAAGGUCUUUUUUGUUUAUCCAGACUAUACGGAUAUUAAUGAUUGGUUAACUCUUAACUAUAUGCAAUAAGAACAUAAUGAUAAAAUUAUGAUUAAGAAUACAUGAUAAUUUAUUAAAAAAACCAAUUAAUCAAAUAGUUUGCUUAAUUUGAUACUGAAAAAUAAGGAAACCUAUCUUUAAGAAACAACUUUAUUGUAAGCAUUGUCAUAGAUAUGUGAAUCAUUGGCAGAUUGUUACAGUAUGUAACACUUAGCAUUAUGUGGAUUGUCUAUUAUCAAUAGAAAUGAAAUAAAAUGAAUGGAGUUUUA